AUGAAUCGGAAAACAAGGCGUUGGAUCUUCCACGUCUUCCUGAGCCUGGGAAUCGUCUAUAUCAAAAUUGGGGGCUUCUCCUCAGUGGUGGCUCUCGGGGCCAGUGUCAUUUGUAAUAAGAUCCCAGGGCUGGCUCCCAGACAGAGGGCAAUCUGUCAGAGCAGACCCGACGCUAUCAUCGUGAUCGGAGAAGGGUCUCAAAUGGGAAUCAACGAGUGUCAAUUUCAGUUCCGCAAUGGACGCUGGAACUGUUCUGCUCUGGGAGAGAGGACGGUCUUUGGAAAAGAGCUGAAAGUGGGGAGCCGGGAGGCGGCCUUCACCUAUGCCAUCAUUGCCGCGGGGGUUGCCCAUGCCAUCACGGCCGCCUGCACCCAGGGCAAUCUGAGUGACUGCGGCUGCGACAAGGAGAAACAAGGGCAAUAUCAUAAAGAAGAAGGCUGGAAGUGGGGCGGCUGCUCUGCGGAUAUCCGCUAUGGAAUAGGUUUCGCCAAGGUGUUUGUGGACGCGAGGGAAAUUAAACAGAAUGCCAGGACACUCAUGAACCUCCACAAUAAUGAGGCAGGACGGAAGAUCCUGGAGGAGAACAUGAAGCUGGAAUGCAAAUGCCAUGGAGUGUCAGGCUCCUGCACUACAAAGACCUGCUGGACAACACUUCCCAAGUUCCGGGAGCUAGGCUACAUCCUCAAGGACAAGUACAAUGAAGCGGUGCACGUGGAGCCAGUGCGGGCCAGCCGCAACAAGCGCCCCACCUUCCUCAAAAUCAAGAAGCCACUGUCCUACCGCAAGCCCAUGGACACGGACCUGGUGUACAUCGAGAAAUCACCUAACUACUGUGAGGAGGAUCCCGUGACAGGCAGUGUGGGGACCCAGGGCCGGAUGUGCAACAAGACCGCCCUGCAAUCCAACGGCUGCGACCUGAUGUGCUGUGGCCGUGGGUACAACACGCACCAGUACUCACGGGUGUGGCAGUGCAACUGCAAGUUCCAUUGGUGCUGCUAUGUGAAGUGUAACACGUGCAGUGAGAGAACAGAAGUGUACACCUGUAAGUGAACAGUGAGAAUGGGGUGGAAGGGAGAGGUGACUGCUACCUGCCCCUUCCUGCUGGGAAUGAAAAAAUAAAAUAAAUGAAUAACUUACAUUUGCACAUAAUCUGGACUGGCCUGCACGAGACUUGUAGCAAAGAUUGGCCCUCUUCCGAAAGGAAAGGAUUCAUUCCCUAGCUCUUUCCCUCAGUACCAGAACUCCCGCUGAGAUGCUGUCAGACUAAGGAGAUUCAGAGAAUGCUGCCAAACCAGCCAAUGACAGCAGCAACUUGGAGGGAACCCCAACCACACAGAACACGCCCACCCAGCCCCCAUAGCCUGAUAAGUCCUCAAAUGUAGAUUUGCAGCUCUAAGAUGACAGCCCUGGGGAACAAUGCCAGCUCAGUGCAAGGACUGGAGCUGGUCAACUGCUGUCGGUUUGGAAGUACAGCCUUAGAUGGUUAAACACCCAGCUACUAUUCAAGGGAGGAAAACAAGGUUAAAAAACAAAACAAAACCCACUUCAGCUUUCAAAUGGUGUUUGCGCAAGCUCGGUGAAAAUGCCCCCGUGUGAAUUCCUUCUUAAGAGUGGAUUAUGUGGACAAGUUUCUGCACUUGUGAACAACUUCUGGUGUCUCUCACCUAUUUUCAUUUCCACGGUUGACUUCCACAAACAUCACUGCUGCUGUUUGGCCUCGGACAUUGGUUUGUCUCCUUUGUUCAUGCUGCAGGUUUUUGCAGGGAUUUGGGACAUCUCGGCAUAAUAAUAGCAAUAUUUAACAAUUUAU